UUUCUACACACUCGGAGAAAUCCUCAACACCUACAUCUGGGACCAGGCACACACAGGUAAAGUGAAAGGUAAAGUGAAAGGUGAGUGAUCUCCUCCAGAGGACGAGUCCCCCCCCAUCAGGACAACACAAGGACAGAAAACAAGCGACCUCUCCAGAAGUGGAAGAAAAAAUAAACAUUUACCUUUGGACUGUAAACAACAACGACAACAACAACACCAUAGAAGAAGACUGAACAAAUAAACAGCAGCUAAAUGUAAAUAGAUAAGAAGAAGAAGAAGAAGAAGGGAACGAAGGAAGACGCCACUUUUGUUUUAUCAUGUUUGUGUUUGUUAGUGGCUAAAACAUCGUGACACACACACACACACACACACACACACACACACACACACACACACACACAUGAUAAACAUUUACAGUACGUGUAAUCUAGUUUUCUGGUAUGAACUACUUUUAAUUCCUCAGCUUCUAUGAAACGACUGAAUAAUGUGUGAAAUCGUCUUUAUUAUUAUUAUCUAAUGAGACACACUAGAUGUACUGAAGGAAGUUAAUGUUGGUACAAAAUCAAUAAAUCUGAGUGGAAACGUUUCCUGUCUUUUCGUGAAGUUUGGAUCUCGAGUGCAAUCUUAAUCAAAAGGUAAAGAAGUUUGUGUGGAAUUGAAUUCGGACCCUUUCACUUAGUAUAAAUAAGUCUGAGUAAAUACAUCCACUAUUAAUAUUUAACGCAGAGAAAACAGGAAAUGUCUACACUCGAGAGGCAGAAAACCGCCUGUUUUUGCUGCAGAAAGGACCUAAAUGAUUAUAAAAAUCACGUAAUAUGUCCAUACAUUUUUCUAAAAGUGCUUCAAUGUCUGGUUUUGUCGCCUAAAACCCCAAAGAUAUCCAAUAAAUAGGAAAUAUCCAUAUUUGAGAGGCAAAAAACACUAUUCUUUUGUUGCAAAAUGUUUAUUAAAAUCACGAAAUUGUGCAUCAAA